AUGUUAGACAUGACUUUGAAUAUGAUGAAAAUAUUUUAACUUAUCUAAUUAAUAUCAACUUAAUAUGAAGCUCAACAUUUUACAAAAAAAAUGCUUAUUUCUUCUAAAUCUUGUAGUUCAGUACAUAAAAAUAUAAAAAAUUAAGGAAAACAGGAGGAUUGGAAUGAAUCUCUAACAUAUGGUUUGAUCAAGAAAAAACAGAAUAAUUAAAUAUCCUUAUUGAUAAAUAACUAUCUUCAGAUUUUUAUAUUGAAUUGCUGA